AUUUGAUGAAAUCCCUCCUCGGUAGAUGGACGACUGCGAUGAUGGAACAACAUGGGUAUGUGAAUUGGUAUGAAUGUAACAGGGAGGUAGAGAUGCUUCUGGAAGCAGGGUUCCCACAGCUGCGUCUGGAACCACAGCAUUCGAGACUUAUGCGCCUUCAAGACUUCUAUCAGGCAAUUUUGCUCCACUCAGCUGCCUGUGAGGUCUAUGCAGGAACUUCAUCACACGCUGGACGAGUUUCACCUCUCCUCGUCGCUGCUGUUUCGAAGCUUUCUCGUCCGCCUCGCCAGAGUCCUACUUUGGCAAUGCGAAUCAACUUUGGUCGGUGGCUGAGCCGCUUUCUGAACGAGAGAGGCUAUCAAUCCUGGCCGGGUUGGUUCGCUGAUGGUCGAGUGAUACAUGUCAUGUUGAGAAGCACGUUCCCUCCCCUGAAGCGAAGGAAGCGUGCUGCUCUACGAAGCCUGGCAGCGCUCUUUGGGGCUAAUGAUACGACGCUGGAGAGGUCGACUUCUGAUCGAUUUGCUGGAUUGCGGCUGAGGGAAUACGCGUCGUCGCCCGAGCUCGACCGGCGGGACAUUUGAAAUGAAUCCUCUUGUCGACGAACUUUUCAAUCUCAUUAAUCUCGCUGCCAUUUCGUGAUGCCUCGGGACUCUGGGGUUAAGGGCCGCUCCAAAGAACUGCAGCGGCUCACCACAAAUCUUUCAUUCGGCUCACCGUAAUUGUUUGUACAGUUACUUCUCUCAGCUGAAUUUGCUCGUGUUUAUCUCAUUGGUAGCACUGUUGCUGUAGAGUCAUACAGGUUUUGUAUUGCUUGAUCCCAAACCGCUCAUUCGCCUCCAACAGAUGGGACAUAGCAUC